AUGACAGCUGACAAAGACAAAGACAAAGACAAAGAGAAGGACCGGGACCGAGAUCGGGACCGAGAGAGAGACAAAAGAGACAAAGUAAGAGAGAGCGAGAGUUCACGGCCACGCAGGAGCUGUACCUUGGAAGGAGGAGCCAAAAAUUAUGCCGAGAGCGAUCACAGCGAAGACGAGGACAAUGAUAACAAUAGUGCCACCACGGAGGAAUCCACGAAGAAGAACAAAAAGAAGCCGCCGAAAAAGAAAUCUCGCUACGAAAGGACAGACACUGGUGAGAUAACCUCCUACAUCACCGAGGACGAUGUUGUUUACAGACCAGGAGACUGUGUGUACAUCGAGAGUCGGAGACCAAACACACCGUAUUUCAUCUGUAGCAUUCAAGACUUCAAACUGGUCCACACCUCGCAGGCCUGCUGCAGAUCUCCAACUCCCGCUUUGUGCGAGCCCCCAGCAUGCUCUCUGCCGGUGGCAUCACAGCCGCCACAGCAUCUUUCUGAAGCCGGGAGAGGGCCUGUAGGGAGUAAGAGGGACCACCUACUCAUGAACGUCAAAUGGUACUACCGUCAGUCUGAAGUUCCAGAUUCUGUGUAUCAGCAUUUGGUUCAGGAUCGACACAAUGAAAAUGACUCUGGAAGAGAACUCGUUAUUACAGACCCAGUUAUCAAGAACCGAGAGCUCUUCAUUUCUGAUUAUGUAGACACGUACCAUGCUGCUGCCCUCAGAGGGAAGUGUAACAUCUCCCAUUUUUCUGACAUAUUUGCUGCUAGAGAGUUUAAAGCCCGGGUGGAUUCAUUUUUCUACAUAUUAGGCUAUAACCCCGAGACAAGGCGGCUGAACAGCACCCAGGGGGAGAUUCGCGUGGGUCCCAGCCAUCAGGCCAAGCUGCCCGAUUUGCAGCCAUUCCCUUCUCCAGAUGGUGACACUGUGACCCAGCAGGAGGAGCUGGUCUGGAUGCCUGGGGUCAAUGACUGUGACCUCCUCAUGUACUUGAGGGCAGCAAGGAGCAUGGCGGCGUUCGCAGGCAUGUGUGACGGAGGCUCCACAGAGGAUGGCUGUGUCGCUGCCUCUCGGGAUGACACCACCCUCAAUGCGCUGAACACACUCCACGAAAGCGGAUAUGACGCUGGCAAAGCCCUGCAGCGCCUGGUCAAGAAGCCUGUGCCUAAGCUGAUCGAGAAGUGCUGGACCGAGGACGAAGUGAAACGCUUCGUUAAGGGGCUCCGGCAAUACGGCAAGAACUUCUUCAGGAUUAGAAAGGAGCUGCUUCCCAAUAAGGAAACAGGGGAGCUGAUCACCUUCUAUUACUACUGGAAGAAGACCCCCGAGGCAGCCAGCUCCCGGGCCCACCGCCGCCACCGCAGGCAGGCCGUGUUCAGGAGGAUCAAGACCCGCACUGCGUCCACACCUGUCAACACACCUUCCAGACCCCCCUCCAGUGAAUUCUUGGACCUGAGCUCUGCCAGUGAGGACGACUUUGACAGUGAGGACAGCGAGCAGGAGCUGAAGGGGUACGCCUGCCGCCAUUGCUUCAGCACCACCUCCAAAGACUGGCACCACGGCGGCCGGGAGAACAUCCUGCUCUGCACCGACUGCCGCAUCCACUUCAAGAAGUACGGCGAGCUCCCGCCCAUCGAGAAGCCCGUGGACCCGCCACCCUUCAUGUUCAAGCCCGUCAGAGAGGAGGACGAUGGGCUCAGCGGGAAGCAUAGCAUGAGGACGCGGCGGAGUCGAGGCUCGAUGUCUACACUGCGCAGCGGACGGAAGAAGCAGCCAGCCAGCCCCGAUGGUCGCGCCUCGCCCACCAAUGAAGACAUCCGCUCCAGUGGCCGCAACUCCCCCAGCGCGGCCAGCACCUCCAGCAACGACAGCAAAGCGGAGACGGUGAAGAAGCUGGCCAAGAAGGUGAAGGAGGGAGCCUCGUCACCCCUGAAGAGCACCAAGCGCCAGCGGGAGAAAGUGGCUUCGGACACAGAGGAGGCCGAGCGGACCAGCUCCAAGAAGACCAAAACCCAGGAGAUCAGCCGGCCCAACUCGCCGUCCGAAGGCGAGGGAGAGAGCUCUGACAGCCGCAGUGUCAACGAUGAGGGCAGCAGCGACCCCAAAGACAUCGACCAGGACAAUCGUAGCACGUCCCCCAGCAUCCCCAGCCCCCAGGACAAUGAGAGCGACUCGGACUCCUCUGCGCAGCAGCAGACCCUGCAGGCCCAGCCCCCAGCCCUGCAGGCGCCCGGCGGAGCUGCCCCAGCUCCCGCAGCCCCCCCAGGAGCUCCCCAGCUCCCCACACCGGGGCCCACACCCUCUGCUGUUCCUCCACAGGGCUCCCCCUCAGCCUCCCAGCCCUCCAGCCAGGCUCCACCCGGUGCUGCUUCCCAUGCCCAUAUCCAGCAGGCACCUGCUCUGCACCCACAGCGGCUGCCCUCCCCGCACCCCCCGCUGCAGCCUCUGACCGUGCCCGCUGGCCAGACCUCCGCCCCGCCUCACCCCCAGCCCCCCCUGCACAGCCAGGGCCCACCCGGCCCCCACAGCCUGCAGGCCGGGCCCCUCCUGCAGCACCCAGGCCCCCCUCAGCCCUUCGGCCUCCCGUCCCAGGCCUCCCAGGCAGCAGCUCACCCCCACCCCUCCCUGCAGCCGCCGGCUUCUCAGUCAGUCCUGCAGCCCCAGCAGCCCCCAAGGGAGCAGCCCCUGCCGCCCGCGCCCUUGGCCAUGCCUCACAUCAAGCCCCCACCCACGACGCCCAUCCCCCAGCUGCCAGCACCACAGGCCCACAAGCACCCCCCUCACCUCUCAGGGCCCUCCCCCUUCUCCAUGAAUGCCAACCUCCCGCCCCCUCCAGCCCUGAAGCCCCUGAGCUCCCUGUCGACACACCACCCCCCUUCGGCACACCCCCCGCCGCUGCAGCUCAUGCCUCAGAGCCAGCCUCUGCCCUCCUCCCCCGCCCAGCCUCCUGUGCUGACCCAGAGCCAGAGCCUGCCCGCUGCUGCUGCCGCCCACCCCCCUGCAGGCCUCCAUCAAGCGCCCCCGCAGCCCUCAUUCGCUCAGCACCCCUUUGUCCCCGGAGGCCCUCCUCCCAUCACCCCUCCGUCCUGCCCCUCCACUUCCACUCCACUCGCGGGACCUGGCCCAUCGGCCCAGCCGCCCUGCUCUGCUGCCGUCUCUUCCGGAGGCAGCACGCCUGUGGGGGCAGCCUGCCCGCUGCCCGCUGUCCAGAUCAAGGAAGAGGCUCUGGACGAAGCCGAGGAGCCCGAGAGCCCCCCUCCACCGCCGAGGAGCCCGUCCCCCGAGCCCACUGUGGUGGACACGCCCAGCCACGCCAGCCAGUCAGCCAGGUUCUACAAACACCUGGACCGGGGCUACAACUCGUGUGCACGGGCAGACCUGUAUUUCAUGCCUCUGGCGGGCUCCAAGCUGGCCAAGAAGCGGGAGGAGGCCAUCGAGAAGGCCAAACGGGAGGCCGAGCAGAAAGCCCGCGAGGAGCGGGAGCGGGAGAAGGAGAAGGAGAAGGAGCGCGAGCGGGAGCGGGAGCGCGAGCGGGAGGCUGAGCGAGCGGCCAAGGCGUCCAGCUCGGCACACGAAGGCCGCCUCAGCGACCCCCAGCUCGGUGGUCCCAGCCACAUGCGGCCAUCCUUCGAGCCGCCGCCAACCACCAUUGCCGCUGUGCCCCCGUACAUCGGGCCGGACACCCCUGCCCUCCGGACUCUGAGCGAGUACGCCCGGCCCCACGUCAUGUCGCCCACCAACCGCAACCACCCCUUCUACAUGCCCCUCAACCCCACUGACCCGCUGCUGGCCUACCACAUGCCCGGCCUCUACAACGUGGACCCCACCAUCCGCGAGCGGGAGCUGCGGGAGCGGGAGCUGCGGGAGCGGGAGAUCCGGGAGCGGGAGCUGCGGGAGCGGAUGAAGCCGGGCUUCGAGGUGAAGCCCCCCGAGCUGGACCCCCUGCACCCGGCCACCAACCCCAUGGAGCACUUCGCCCGGCACAGCGCCCUCACCAUUCCCCCCACUGCGGGCCCCCACCCUUUUGCCUCAUUCCACCCGGGCCUGAACCCCCUGGAGAGGGAGAGACUGGCCCUGGCGGGCCCCCAGCUGCGGCCCGAGAUGAGCUACCCCGACAGACUGGCGGCCGAGCGCAUUCACGCCGAGCGGAUGGCAUCGCUGACCAGCGACCCUCUGGCCCGGCUGCAGAUGUUCAACGUGACCCCCCACCAUCACCAGCACUCACACAUCCACUCGCACCUCCACCUCCACCAGCAGGACCCCCUGCACCAAGGUUCAGCAGGCCCCGUGCACCCGCUGGUGGACCCCCUGACUGCUGGCCCUCACCUGGCUCGCUUUCCCUAUCCCCCUGGCACCCUCCCCAACCCUCUGCUUGGACAGCCCCCCCAUGAGCACGAGAUGCUUCGUCACCCCGUUUUUGGCACCCCCUACCCCCGAGACCUGCCUGGGGCCAUCCCACCCCCCAUGUCAGCUGCCCACCAGCUGCAGGCCAUGCACGCCCAGUCGGCCGAGCUGCAGAGACUGGCCAUGGAGCAGCAGUGGCUGCACGCACACCCCCACAUGCAUGGCAGCCACCUACCAAGUCAGGAAGAUUAUUACAGCCGGCUGAAGAAGGAAGGCGACAAGCAGCUGUAG